UCUCGGUGACCUUCACUCCUUCGCGGGCUUUGGGCAGAAGAGCCGCUUUCUUGCCCGCUUAAGACAGAUUUUCCUCGCCCGGUGAGCUUAGGUGGCGCUGCUCCAUCCCGCUGCCCCGGGACUCCGGGGCUGCCCUCUACCAGCCUGGUCUCUCCCCCUUUUGAUUUGCCAGUACGGGUUUUUUUUGCUUGCCCGACUAGAGCGGGUUUCUUCUUUUUGGAGGAGCUGGUUGUCUUCAGAAGUCAUCCCCUCGACUCUAAUUGCCCUGUCGCUCCGGGCCUCACCGGACCAAACCAAAGACCAUGGUGCACUGUGCGGGCUGCAAAAGGCCCAUCCUGGACCGUUUUCUCUUGAACGUGCUGGACAGGGCCUGGCACGUCAAGUGCGUCCAGUGCUGUGAAUGUAAAUGCAACCUGACCGAGAAGUGCUUCUCCCGGGAAGGCAAGCUCUACUGUAAAAACGACUUCUUCCGAUGUUUCGGUACCAAAUGCGCGGGUUGUGCGCAGGGCAUCUCUCCAAGCGACCUGGUUCGCAGAGCGCGAAGCAAAGUGUUUCACCUCAACUGCUUCACCUGCAUGAUGUGUAACAAGCAGCUUUCCACCGGCGAGGAGCUCUACAUCAUUGAUGAGAACAAGUUUGUUUGUAAAGAGGAUUACCUGAGUAACAGCAGUGUCGCCAAAGAGAACAGUCUCCACUCGGCCACCACAGGCAGUGACCCUAGUUUAUCUCCGGAUUCCCAAGAUCCAUCGCAGGAUGAUGCCAAGGACUCUGAAAGUGCCAACGUUUCAGAUAAGGAAGGUGGUAGCAAUGAGAAUGAUGACCAGAACCUAGGUGCCAAGCGCAGGGGACCCCGGACCACGAUCAAAGCCAAGCAACUGGAGACUUUGAAGGCAGCCUUUGCAGCUACACCCAAGCCCACACGCCAUAUCCGUGAGCAAUUGGCCCAGGAGACUGGCCUCAACAUGCGUGUUAUCCAGGUCUGGUUCCAGAAUCGACGCUCCAAGGAGCGGAGGAUGAAGCAGCUAAGCGCGCUGGGCGCGCGGCGCCAUGCCUUUUUCCGCAGCCCUCGCCGGAUGCGACCGCUGGUGGACCGCCUGGAGCCGGGCGAACUCAUCCCCAACGGCCCCUUCUCCUUUUACGGAGAUUACCAGAGUGAGUACUACGGUCCCGGAGGCAACUACGACUUCUUCCCGCAAGGACCGCCAUCCUCGCAGGCCCAGACGCCAGUGGACCUACCUUUUGUGCCAUCAUCUGGGCCUUCGGGGACGCCCCUUGGAGGUCUGGACCACCCACUGCCUGGCCACCACCCUUCUAGUGAGGCGCAGAGAUUCACUGACAUCCUGGCACAUCCCCCAGGGGACUCGCCUAGUCCUGAGCCCAGCUUGCCCGGGCCUCUCCACUCCAUGUCAGCGGAGGUCUUCGGGCCCAGUCCACCUUUCUCAUCUCUGUCGGUCAAUGGUGGAGCCAGCUACGGGAACCACUUGUCUCACCCUCCUGAAAUGAACGAGGCAGCUGUGUGGUAGCGGGGUCUCGCUUGGGCCACGGGAGCUCGUGGGUUGUACAGAGACGAGCUUU